GACGCCGGGAGCAUCGAGCACGGGAGCGAGCUGCACGAUUCUGGCUCCACCUUCCAGGCGCACCUGUGCGGCAUCGCUAGUGCGGAUGCUGCGCUCGCCGCCCUGUCUGCCGUCCACCGCGACAGCCGCGUGCGCCACGCCGCGUGCGUGCCGUGGGCGUAUCGCGUGGUUGAGGGUGGGAGCGGGGUGGUGAAGCGGGGCUGCGAUGACGGUGGCGAGGCUGGUGCUGCUAGCCGCUUGGCAGAGCUGCUCGAGACGGCCGGAGCCGCCAACGUGCUCGUGGCAGUCAGCCGGCGUGUGGAUGGGCCGAUGCUGGGCGGCCGGCGCUUCAACCACUUCCUGAACUGCGCCCGCGAGCUGCUGGAGCAGUGCGGCUAC